GGGAGGCAGGGAAGGAGCAGCGAGGCAAGACAGAAAAGGUAAGAUCGCCGAGCUCCCCACCUCACGCCGCCAGUCUCGAGUUGAAACCUUCAGGGUCUGGAUACCUCUGGUGUGAAUCUCGCAGGGAUGUGAAAAUUUGGCCACAGGAACGCAGACCAAGAUGGCCCUCCGUGGACUUGCGUUGGUGGUGUUGGCCGUGAGCGUGGCUGCACAGUCGAAUUACGCCAACCAUGGCAACAGUAUCGAGUACUUGCCGGGCUCUGGCCUCCCCGAGCAGGCCACCCUGGACGGAAAGGUGACCAAACUGGAUGACCUGUCACCGGUCAUCUUCCUGAACAGGACCAAGGCCGCCCUCAACUGCGCAGCCGGCUCCAUGGAGGCCGAACUCAAGUUUGAGGAACCCUUCUACGGCAUCGCGUUCGCCGACUUCAACAGAAACAGCCCCUGUUUUGUGGCUGGAAACGGAAAUUCCACCUACAAAAUCGAGAUGCCCCUCAAAGGAUGCGGCACAGUGCAGAAUCCCCAGCGUGUUUUCACAAACAACAUCGUGGUUCGAUUCCACCCCAAUUUAGAAAUGGACGGUGACGAAGUGAUCACCAUCGUGUGCCGCUAUCCACCCCCCAUCGCACCACCCCCACCCGCCCCACCUCAGAACCUCUUGGCCGAACCAAUUCUGCCUGUCGAGGCGCCCCUGAAAGGUUUCCAAGUGAUGCUGAUUGUCUGCGCUAUUUUCUUCCUGACCCUGGUGCUGCUCGGCCUGGCCGCCUCUUACUACUGUCUCUCCAGGAGGAGAGUGGCCGUCAUCAGGCGCGUGCCCAUGGCCCUGUCUCUCGCUGGAAGUGACAUUACCAAGAUGUCUGAGUCAUCGAUCUCCAUGUUCGAAGGACUCAAAAUCCCCAGAGCCACUGUUACCCCCAUUGUUGUGGUUGGAAGCAGCAUCAGCGGUUCGGAAGCGCAGCUGAUCAUCGACGACCAGUCGGACACGCUGCCCAGCGACUACCCGUCAGAGUCUCCAAGCUCUGCUCACUCGGAGGUUGAGGCGAUCACUACACGCCAGGCGGCCAGCGAGGUCAGCAGCAUCUACGACGCGAGUGCGUGCGCCGACGAGUCACUGGUACUGCACGUCGACAGCCGCGUGCCUCCGCCGCCGCAGUUUGACGUGUCGGUGCGCGUGAAGCGCGUGGCGCCGUCACCACCACCGAGGGCCUCGUCGAUCUCGUGCAGCUCUCGCGGCUCGACGCCGCCGCCGCCGCUGCCGGUGAUGCCCGUGCAGACGGCCAUGGCCGAAGUGGCCACCGCCGAGGCGAUGCGCGUGCAAGAGCGCAACCUGACCACCAUCCUGGAACGCGAGGACCACGCUGAGGCGAUGCCGACGAUGCGCACGACAGCCCAGCUUGCCGUGCAGCCGCCCAUCCAGCCGACGGUGACCAUCACGACGCGCCCGCCGGUCUACUCGCGCAUCCUGCGCCGCCAGAAGAGCGACGAGUCGUCCGUGGCGGCCGCCGAGGUCAAGCUGCAGCGCCGCGAAAGCCUCAACACGCUCAACACGGAGAACACGGACACGCACUCUGUCAACGAGGUGCUGGACGACGGACUGGCCACCAUCGAGCUCGAACCGCCCGUCGUGGCCGUGCACAAACCCGAGAUCACGCAGCACGUGGUCGACGACGUCUUCCUGCGCACCAUCACCGAGAAACGCAUCAUCGAGGACAUCGAGCGGCGCACGCGCGAGGUCACCGAGUUCCACGCCAGGGUGCAGCCGCAGCCAACGUUCGACGUGGCCAUCCGCUCGUACCCGGACCCGAACGCCGUGCCCGACUGGGACCGCUACUCGACCGCCUCCAGCUCGACAAUGAUCUCCGAGCCAAAGGAGUCUUACCGCAGCUCGAUGAACAUCCCGGCGCCGGCCGAGCCGAUUCCCAACUGGGAAGUGCUGAUCCGCGUGCUCGAAGUGCCCGAGGCCGAGCCGAACCUCCUCUCGCCGGCGCUGGUGAGCAAGGCCAACGAGAUCCACGUGGACGACGACCGCGGCAGCGUGUGCUCGAGCGCCACGUCCGUGCUGACGGACGCCGACCGCGAAAAGUGGCGCCAGAUCAUCACGACCGAGUCGACGCUGCGCACGCUGCUGACCGAAGCGACCGUGCGCGAGGACUACGAGCGCAUCCGCCACGACCAGCGCUACGAGCGGCUGUUCGAGCCGCAGAAGUGGGACGUGAUCAUCCGCGUGCUGGCGCCGCCCGAGGAGGACGACGAGAACCGGCCACGCUUCCGCAAGGGCUCUGCCGCCUCGUGGGACAACCGCAGCCGCCGCAGCUCGCUGCCUACGCUCUACGAGUUCGACUCGGACGUCGCCUCCACGCACACCAGCGGCAUGGUCGGCGUCGAGACGGUGGCCGUCAACAAGUUCGACCGCAGGAGCAGCUAUCGUUCGGACGGCGUCGACAUGCGCUCCAUGUCGGAAUUCACGUGCAACGACUUCGUGGCGCCGACGCGUGCCGACAGCGACGUCAGCGGCGCCUACGACGACCCGGCCGGCAGCCUGAUGCGCUCGGCCAGCCAGCCGUCGCUGGCGAGGAGCGCGUCCGAGUUCACCGAGCGCCGCUGGGCCGUCGAGAGCAACAUGAUGGCCUCCAGCCCCGAGCAGACGCCCGUGCUGGCCAGGCGGGCCAAGUCGAGCGACAUGCUGCUCGUGGCCAGCACCUCGUCCAGCUUCGUCGCCUCGUCGUCCUCGGUACACCACCACCAGUACCACCACCACGACCGCUGGGGCGCCGACAGUGAGAGCAGCUACAAAUAAUUCCACCACACACUCGUCUCCAUAUUCCCCGUCGAAUUGGACCAAAUUGUGAUUCUCGAUCGAGAGCUGGGAUUGUACCAAUCUAAAUUCUAAAAAUUCUGCUUUUAUUUUUCACUACAAUGUAACUGCACUAAUAUGACUGAUUUUUGCCCACGUUUCGAGUAAUUAUGGAAAAUGUUUUUUUUUUCAUUAUUAUUUUAUGUAACAUUUGUUGUUAGGAGUCAUAACAUAGAACGUAGGUUUGUCGCGAGCGUAAUAAAUGUGCCAUUUUGCCGAUGAUUCUGGCAGCUGUUUUUGCUGAAAAAAAGUUGUCUGCCGCAUCAAAGUAGUAUUAGAUUUUUUAACCUCUUGGUGGAUAUUUUUCAAUUUUUUCGUGACUACAAAGUUGAGGAAUAUUCACGCCUAUAUGAUUGGAUCUCUUCAAAAUAUCUUCUACUCUCGAGCAAAAUUUGGCAUUUUAAGACUUUCUCUAGUUGGGUUUCCGCAUAGCAAGAGUCAUUUUAUGAAUCUAUAGAGAGCAAUUGAUGAAGUGCGUGGAAAUUUUGGGAAAUCCAUUUUGUCACAGGGGUGAAACUGCUUCGUUGGAGGGUACUGGUUUCUCUGUUAAUUAAAGAGGUGCUUUUAAACUUACGAGCUAUUUACACGGAACGAAUAAAUAUCUGAUUAACACAAAAA